GUUGGCCAAACAGGCAUUAUGUGCCCAUGCCUUCUAGCCUGCCUGGUAAAGCUGUGAAGAGGAUUGUCAGAAACGAUGCCUUUCCAUUGGACUUGCCCAAUUGCUGCCCUGAUGACACUGAUACUUCAGCCUAUAUCAUUUAUAGAAUGUUAUGGUUAUAGGAAGUGCUCUUUGGAGGGGAUUCAUACAGAAUACGCUAACUGUGUAGGACAGAGCGUUGUAACCUUAGCAGAUGCCAUCCAAGAUCUUCCUUAUCAAACACGAGUGUUGAAUAUAUCUGAAAACGAAAUCAGCAAGAUCGAUGGCUACACCUUUUCUCAUCUGCCCAAAUUGCAAGAACUCGUGCUGAGAAAAAACAAAGUCAAUGGAGUGGAUACCUGGGCUUUCCAUAACCUAAACGAUCUUCUUAUCCUUGACCUGAGCUACAAUUUGAUCCAGUCGUUGGACACAGUGGACCUUACAGAUCUCAAACAUCUCCAAAUAUUUGACCUAAGUCACAACAGAAUACACACAAUCCAAAUGGGCACCCUCGGACCUCUAGGAGCUCUACAAGAACUUGAUCUAUCGUUUAAUAAUGUUUCUGAUUUUAGAUCAGUGGCCAAUGCAGUGUCACAGCUGCCAGAUUUUUUAAGACUGAGUUUGUCCUCUAAUUUUAUAACAGAUUUAAAAAGUGAGCAAAGUGUGACUGUCCUCUCGUCUCUACAGUCUUUAAACCUGCGCAACAAUUCCAUUUCUGUCUUGGACUUUACAUUUUACUCCAUGCCUAGUCUUAUAGAGCUCAAUGUCACAAGAAAUAACUUGUCUGCAGUGAACAAGAGCUCUUUCAGCAACUUGCCCAUGUUGGCUAAAGUAACUUUUGAUGAAAACUCUUUAAACAUUUCCCAGUUAUUGGGACUCGUACUCCCCAACCUGACGGAAUUCCAUUGGUCAAGCAUGCGACCGGCUCUCCAGCACGAACUGGUGUCUGCUUGCCAGGUUUUCCAAACAUUCCCAAAACUGCAGCUGUUGGAUAUCAAACAUUCCAAAAUCGCAGUCACUAACCUAUCUAUCAUUGGUAGGUGCACUAACCUGACUUCACUCAUUCUUUCGACAUCUCCUCUCCCCAGACUCCAAGAAAAGGAUCUACAAGACUUUAAGUACCUUGAGGUCCUUUACCUUGACAAGUGUAAACUACGGAGAAUUGCUAAUAGCUCAUGGAGGGGUCUCAAUAAUCUUCAUACCCUGAUACUUGAACGAAAUCAGCUUUCAGAUCUAGAAGAUAAAUUGUUCUCCCCGUUGACCAGCCUUCAGUAUUUGGACCUAUCGAAGAACUACUUGACGCACCUUAAUGAAAAGGCAUUUUCUGGCCUCAGACGUCUAAACUACCUCAGUCUCAAAGGAUGUAAAAUAACAGCUGCAACAAGGAACAAUUUCAGGUACUUCUCAAACCUCCGUGUCUUGGAUUUGCAAGACAACAGUAUAUCAUUAAUCAAGUCCAAUGCCCAUAUCUACCUUAGAAAGUUAGAAACACUUUUGCUGUCAGGGAACAAAAUAUUAACAAUACAAAAAAAUGGUUUGAAAGGCCUCGUCUCCCUUAAGGAACUUUCACUGGCCAACAAUAAUAUAUACAAAAUCACUGAUAAUACUUUUAAAUUUGUCAAAUCGCUCAGGAGUUUGGAUCUAAGCAGAAACCAGCUGUGGCCGCUGCACAAAUUUCAAUCUCCCACCCCAUUUCUCAAUCUCACGCAACUGGAAUAUUUGGAUGCCAGCUAUCAGGCAGAAGGCAAUAUUUAUAUUCCUGCCUCAUUAUUUCAAGGUCUACAGUCUCUUAAAGUUCUAAGGCUCCAAGGAAACCCAAGUGCAUUUUUUAGAAACGUAUCAUUUGAGUUUCUUUUGAAUUUGACAGAAUUAGACAUAUCAGCCACAGUCUAUACAAUGACAGACCCUCCAAUUAGUUUUGAGAAAGAAUUAUUUAAAAAGCUUGGUCAACUUAGGAAUCUUACACUGGACAACAAUGGGAUCCAGUUCCUUCCAGAAGACGUAUUUACCAAUGUGCCCAUGUUGGAACACAUAUCUUUAAGGUACAACAGACUGACCAACAUCAGUGAAGAUAUACUUAAAAAUGUGCCUAACUUGAAUUAUUUUGACAUGUACAUGAAUACUCUUUCCUGCUCCUGUGACAACUACUGGUUCCAGAACUGGUCUAAAUGUAACACGGAGGUCCAGAUACCCUUUAUUCAGUCAUAUAAAUGUUUUGGCCUGGAAGCAAAUGAAAUGCUCUUUGAAAAUCAAGACUUCAGUUUUUGCACCAAUACUGGCUACUACUUUUUUCUUGGGAGUUUCAUAAUAACAUUUUCUUUGUUGACUGUGAAUCUUCUUGUGGUCAAGCUCAAAUGGACUGUAAGGUAUAUGUAUUGUAUGUUAGAAGUCUGGUUUAGGUGGAAGCUCGAGACGACAGAUAAAGUGCACAAGUACGACGCUUAUAUUUCUUACUGCGAAGAUGAUGAGAUAUGGGUAGUGGAAAAGUUAUUGCAUAUGUUGGAAGAACAAGGCCAGCGUAAAUUUAAGCUGUGCUUCAAGCCUAGAGACUUUGUUCCAGGAAUCUACCAUCUUGACAACAUUCAGGAUGCUAUCAGUAACAGCCGGAAGACUUUGUGUGUGGUCAGCAGGAAGUAUUUGGAAAGCGAAUGGUGCAGAGAGGAGAUGCAAUUGGCAUGCUCGUGGGCCUUCUCCUAUAAAGAAGAUGUCCUUCUUAUGGUGUUUCUUGAAGAGAUUCCAGAAUACAGACUUUCUGCCUACCACAAACUGAGAAAGCUGAUAAAGCAAAACACAUACAUUGACUGGCCUGAAGACCCCCGAGGAGAAGAAGUCUUUUGGCUUAAGCUCCGCCAAGCAUUGGAUGGUGGGGUGUGUGAAGAAAAUAACAUUCAGUUGUGUGACUGACUGAACUGUUACAGUGGUUUUGAAAAACUGGUUAUUAUCUAUAAAACCAGAUUGAAUGGAAAGAAUCACCACUGAACAAGAACCAAAGAGUGUCAGAACUGGCCCUUUUGGAUCUCAUGUCUAAAUAACGUGUUGGUGUAGCUGUUUGUAGGAGUUUGAUUUCUCUCUCCUUCUCUCGUUACAUAUACUGUAUAUGUAUAUACUGUAUGUCUGUCUUUGUAUAAAAAGGUAAGAGCCCUCUUUGGACUUGGUAAUGGUAAUAGAAGGAAUAAAGAGCUCCCUCCUGUGGCCAUGGGAUGCUGGAAUACUCAGUUACCUUUACCAAGCAGUAACAAUACUGACUUUGUUAUUAUUAUUAACAUUUAUUUAUAAAGCGCCAACAUAUCCCACAGCGCUGUACAAUAAGUGGGUUUCAUACA